CACAUCCCUCAUGCCAACUACACCUCACUCAUUUCAACAUUAACACAAUUAAUUAAAGAAAACAAAAACACCAUUCAACCGUUUGUGCAAAUUUCUUUUCUCUUUCUCUCUCUAAAACACCCUCAACCAACCAUAACUAACAUUUAAUAGCACCACCGAAUUCACCGACUUCAAAUGUAAACAAACAAACAAACAACAACAAAAACAAAAACAUGACCAUGGACCGAACAUCGUCACAAGGAAGUUCACCGGACUCACCAUCACGAUCCUCAAAAGUACUAUCCAUCGAAUGUUUCAGAGGAAGUUCAAAAUCCGGCGACGUGCUACAAACCGGCGAUAUAGUUGAAGAGCUUCGACUCGGAGGCUCGGCGAACUCACUGAUUCGGUUUAAGUCGCCUUUUAAGAACGGUAAGAGCGGUGUUAAUAAGAUCCUUCAGGAAGCGUAUAAGAAAAAAGAGAGUUCUAUUCUUGUUCGAGUUCGGCGUGGAAUUGAUGAGUUCGCUGAGUUGCAGGCUUGUAUUGUUCCUAAUGAUUUGUCUGGGAGUAAGAAGUGUUAUGUUCUUAGGUCUAUUACUGAUCCUGAUUAUCUUGUUGGGUUUUUAGAUCGAACUGAAGCUGAGUGCUUCCAACUCCAAGCUACAAGGACCACUAGGAUGGUAAAUGAGCUAACGCAAACCCGAAUACAAGAUGGUUUUGUCUCAUAUCCAUGGGAGAGGAGGAUGCAAGAGUUGCUAUCAGUUCCCAAUUCUAGCAACUUUCUUUCCAUAUUACUUCUUCCCAAAGUUUCAGAUAGGGUAGCUUCUCGCUACAAUGACGUGGAGGACACACUAGCCAGGGCUAAUGCAUGGCUUAAUGCAGCUCAAGGUUCAGGGGUCCCUAUUGUCUUUAUGAAUAUUCAAACCGAGUCUUUACUUACCAAGAUAUCUGGAGAGACUGCUUCUUCCACUGUAAACACAGGGUCCUUAUCCGACUUAUGCAACAUUGCAAAUGCAAGCCUUUAUGGUUUCGAAGAUUAUCACGGAGUAGACAUUGGUGUUGUUAGAGCAAUUCGACUAUGGUAUGCUCCAAUGGGAGGAGAGUUCUCAAUUGAGAUAAAACUAAGAGACGAUGACUCAAAGCUUGGCUUUUCAAUUAGUCGUACAGAAGAGGGCUUCGUAUUCAUCUCAUCAUCAGUUACAGAUGAAGGUAAAGAAAGUUCACCAGCCACGCGUUCAGGUCUAAGCAAACUAUACAAACUAGCUACAGAAACUUCAAGGCUAUUAGUAGUUUCAAGGCUUUCAAAUCAAAGAGUCCUCCCAUGGAUGGUUUCAUCAACAGGAGCAAUUCGAUGUUAUGACACAGUUUCAUUGAGCCAGAAACUCUCUUUACACCGACACACUAAAGUUCCUAUUCUCCUACACGUCUUCCUGUGGGACAGAACAAUGACUACUUCAAGUGUAGAAAGUACAAAAUCAAAGCCCUUAUCUCCAUCCAUGUUACCGUUACCAUCAGAAGUUCAAUCCUGUGGAGGUUCUGAUUCAGGCGAUAUCAGUACCAGUGAUAGCUCUCAGCCUACACAGCUUGAGAAAGGCACGACCGGGGAUGUCUCAUUCAGAUUCCAGGACUUCUCCUUGUCCUCCACCAACUGGGUAUGAACAUGAUGUUACACAUCAUUAAACACGGUGUAUGCUUGGAUACACGGUAAGCUUGACGAAAUCACGGGGACACUUUGAUUAUGUCAAACUUACUGUCAAUUCAAACAUACACAUUGUAUAUACGUAAGUUCCUUUUUGUACAUAGAAGAUGAUAUACUAUAUUGCUUUUAGAAUUUCUUAAUUAUAUUUUUGAGUAUGGAUAAUUAGUGAGAGUGUUACUACUACAUGAAUGAGUGUGACUAUUAUUUGAAUACUGGCAAGAAAGUUUGUGCUUAGUAGGGACUACUGGUUUGAAAGAAGCAAUAAAUUCAACUUUGAAAAUGGCUGGUCUGUCGGCGCCUGCAAUAUGAGAAUACUACUACUAUAAUAGAGGAGAGUGGGUUUAUGAAAAGAAAGACUUGUUGAUGUUGAAUGCUAAGAAUACUUUACUGAGUCAAUGACCAUACUUGGGCCUACCAGCUGCUUCUUGUCAAUAGUUUUGAACUUAUUUUGAAAAAUAUGUUGAAUGAAUUUAUGAAUCAAUGGUUAUCUAAACUCCUCUACGGAGAUCUCGUUAACAAAUGUGUUGUGAUUCUCAACUCAAUGAAAAUCCUUUAAAAACACUAACUGUUUGGAUGAAGUAGAUGAAUUUUUUUAAUAUCGGUUUGGUUCAUGAGAGGGAGAGGGGGAAAUUUAAU